UUUGCAAAUUUCCCUUUUGGCUUUGAUGACACUCACUGUGAAUGCAGGCCUUAAACCCCAGACAACUUUGAUGCGCUCUUUCAUCCCCAAAACCCUACAAAAUUGCACAUUUCCCCUCCUCACCGUCACUGGAAUCCUCCUCCGUGUUUUUCGCCCAAUCGGCCAUUUCAGCUCAACCGACGCCCGAACCAUGAGCUCCUCCUCCUCGGGCUCGGGAUGCAUUUUCCAGCUGAAAGUCGAUCCGCUCACCGGUAACUCAGAAUGGGUUGUAAUCGAAGAACACGAAGCUCCCGAUCCUUCUUCUUCUUCUCCUCCGCAGCAACCCUUAUUGGCGACGACAUCAUACCUCGACAUGCUCAAUGACUCUCCCCGCAACUCAGCCUUCCGCCAAGCCAUCGACAAGACCAUUACCAAACCGUGCCAUGUUCUUGAUAUUGGUGCCGGAACUGGCUUGUUAUCGAUGAUGGCUGCACGAGCUAUGGACUCUGUGAAGUCAACAUCAUGUUUGAGUUCGGAGGGAAUGGUGACAGCAUGUGAGUCAUACCUUCCAAUGGUGAAGCUGAUGAGAAAAGUUCUGCGACUCAAUGGUAUGGAAAAUAAAGUACGUUUAAUCAACAAGCGGUCCGAUGAACUAGAAUUUGGCGCAGAUAUCCAUUCACGUGCAGACAUUCUUGUCAGUGAGAUACUUGACUCAGAGUUGUUGGGUGAAGGAUUAAUUCCAACUUUACAGAAUGCACAUGACAAUCUAUUGGUAGAAAACCCGCAGACAGUACCUUAUCGAGCAACCAUAUAUGGCCAGUUGGUUGAAAGUGAGUAUUUGUGGAAGCUUCAUGAUUUAUAUAAUAAUGAAGCAAAAGCUUCAGACAACAUCCGACUUGUUCCAAUGGGGAAAGAGACAAUUUUAUGUGUGAAGUCAAAACAAUUUGUCAUGCAUUGCAGUGCAAUGAAAGAUGAAAUCAAACUUCUAUCAGAACCCUUCAAAAUUUUUGAAUUUGACUUUUGGAGAAGGCCAGAAAGCCAAGGAAAAACCAAGGUCCACAUAAAGGCAAUUAAUGAUGGUACAGUUCAUGCUGUUAUUUCAUGGUGGAAACUUCAGCUUGAUUGUGAAGGAAGAAUCAUUUAUUCCACUGGUCCAAAAUGGAUAAGGUUUCUAUUUAGCAUGAAUUCACAAUCAUCAUUACCUAGUUCAAUGGAUUGGUGUGAUCACUGGAAACAAUGUGUAUACUUCAUCCCAGGAAAAGGUUUGUCCGUGUCCAAGGACGAAGAGCUUCACUUACAUGCAUAUCAUAAUGACAUCAGUAUCUCAUAUAAUUUGGAGAGUCAAGACCUGGAUACAGAAACUCCUUGUGAUGAAUUUGCUAGAGAUAAUCAACUGAUUCUAUCACCAGAAAGAGUUGCAAUUUAUGGAGAUAACAAUUGGAGAUGCUCCAUGAUAGAAGCUGUUAAAAAGGCUGUGCAGGGAAAAAUUUCUCCAUUAUGUGUUGUUGCAGAUGAUAGUAUUUUCUUAACAGUUGCCAUUGCUUAUCUCUGCAAAACAUCACAUGUAAUCUCAUUAUUUCCGGGGCUGCGAGAAAAAGGUGCCAAAUAUUUGGAAGCUGUUGCUGUUGCAAAUGGUUGCUCAAUGGAUCAAAUUAGAGUUCUUGAGAAGCGGAAAAACAGCUUGACCAUGCAUGAUACUCGUCAAAGAAAGGUUGAGCUCUUGGUUGGAGAACCAUUUUAUUAUGGGAACGAUAAUGUGCUUCCAUGGCAAAACCUGCGGUUUUGGAAGGAACGGACUAUGCUGGACCCUGUCCUGUCUGCUGAUGCACUGAUAAUGCCUUGUAAAGGAAUCCUGAAGGCUUCUGCAAUGUCUCUUCCUGAUAUUUGGAGAAGUCGCCGUUACUUACGACAGAUUGAAGGUUUUGAUCAUUCUGUAGUGAAUGCCACCUUAGGGGCAUGUGGUGAUUCUCCUGACCCCCAAGGGAUCCCUUGUCUACCCUUUUUUAUCUGGCAGUCUGGGGAGAAUAAGGGUCUAAGUGAAGCAAUUUCAGUCUUGGAGUUUGAUUUCACCAAACCCAUACAUCCAUGUCUUGGGAAAACCCAGGUUGAAUUUAAAGAGGCCGGGAUGUGCCAUGGUUUUGUGCUCUGGAUUGAUUGGGUGAUGGACAUGGACAACUCGAUUGUGCUUUCAAGAGGACCUGAGCAAAGAUACUGGAAACAAGGAGUGAAGUUAUUGAGCGAGCCUGUGAGAGUUGGAAAGCAUGGAUCAGCAGAAAUAGAGGCAUCCCUCAAUCCCUCGGAUGGUGAACUCAUCCACUUCAACUACACUUUCUUCAACUAAAUUUCUCAACUUGCAUUGACAAACCACUAGGCAUUGUUUGUUUCAAAAAAUUGUUUGUUUUUAAGAAUAGCCAUUUAUGUUUUGAGAAAUGACCUUUGAGUC